AUGGGGAUUUUCUUUAUGUGCAUAGUAGGUCGUGUAAAUUUUUACAUCUUCUAUGAAUAUAGCAUGAAAGGAACUUCGUUUAUAAUACCGCUAUCAGCGUUUUUAAUACUUGAGGUAAGUUUUAUGCAAGGACAUACUCAUGCGUAUUUAUCGACAUUGACCAUUAUUGUUUUUAAACCAAUACCUUUAUUUCAGGACUUUCGGAAUUCUCGAUUCAACAUAGAGUUCUUUUUAUUCUUCAUCAGUUGUCUAUUACACUUCUAUACGCCAUGUUACUACAGCGAUCUUCUCAUGGACACGUGCGAAACAUUCCGCCAAUCCAUAUACUCUUGUGGCUGGGAGAAACACCCUGAUAAACAAGCACGACAGAUUGUGUUGUUCAUGCUGACGAGAACCAGAGCCCCCAUGGGUAUUACCACGGUGUUUUUCUCGAUUAAUCUGGAUACUUUCGCAGAGAUGUGUCGACAGUCGUACGGAAUCCUAAACUUGCUAAACGCGUCUGUUUAAAAAAAACACGAACUAGACACCAAUACAUAUAAAUUCACAUCUAAUUAUCAUUAUUCGAACACUGUAUUCUUGUUAAUCACAGCACUUUGUUUAACUAAUUUAAUUCCACAUUAAAUUAAUUCUUUACUG